AUGGAUUUCGCAAACAGACUGGUAGCCGCAGUAACAAAAGCCGCAAACAACAACACAGUGAUAAACGUGUGCCUAGUAGGAUCUUUCCUGGCGCUAGCCCAGCGAUCCUUGAACCAACAAAAGAACAUAGAAGCUUUAGAGGCUGAGAAGGACUCGCUGGUUAAAUUAAACAAAACCAUGAAAAAGACUAUUUGGGACUGGAAACAACAGCUCUUCUCCGAAGCUGAAACUGGCUCCGCUUUGGUCCCUCUUGCCAGACUGAGGGCCAUCUAUGGCGAGGCACCACCGCCACAAACCGGAGAUGCUGUGGAGGAAGAAGUGAAAUCACCUGCGUCUAAACUUGUAAUCUAA